GUAUAUCCCUGCAUUUUUGGAGGCCGGAGCUAUAUUACCCCUUACAAUGGAUUCCUUUAGUAGGCUAAAUCUUCUACUCUACAACAUCAAUACUACCAAUUCCAGAUUCUUUGUUUACCCCACCUGACACCUUACCCCACCCUAUUACAUAUACCAACAUCCUUGUUGCAGGUUGGGCGGCUAAGGGUUGGCUGAUAGCUUCCCAGUCAUCCAUCUGACAACGCGUUCAUGCGCCAAUCAUCCAAGACCCUCGACCCGACCCGACCCAAAUGUCCCUCGAGUCUUCUUUCUUUCCCUCUUUCUUUUGCGCGAUGGUCGCUCAUGGCGAAAUCAUACUACCGAAAGACACGGUACCCAGACGAGGCCUUGCAAGACGAUCGUCCGGCAAAGAGUCGAAAGAGACGUGCAGACGAAGACGAGCCCUCGCGAAACGACCACAUUGUGAACAGACCUCCAACGAAGAGUCGAAAGAGACACUGCGACGACGAGCCCUCGCGAAAUCACUCUCCGGCAAACCAACCACGCAUCGGCAAGAUUUCGCAGGACGACCCUCGGGACGAUCCCUCGGCGAAGAGGAUCAAGCCGGCCGUCGAACAUCACGACCCUUGGGUCUAUCCACCCGAGUUCUGGGAUAGACUGUCCAAGAUCCCGCUGAUCCACGAAGCUGUGGCCGAGCUUGACCGGCGGACCAGCGCUCCCCGGCCUCCGCCUCCGUCUCUGCCUUCGACGGGCCCCAUCCAAGACCUCGCACUCCCCCCCGCCAAAGAACUCGCUCGAUUUGCGAGACACGGCGGUCCAAGUCUAGGCGAUCUUCGAGGGUAUCCCGUGAUAAAGAAUAGUGACCUACCCGCCGAUGCUAUGAGUUCCUCUUCGCAUAGCGGAAACACCAAGUCUACCGGCCCAGCUAGCUCGAGAGCGACUAAGAUCACCGAUCCAACAACUAAGACUAAGACGUCGAUAUCGCCAUACAACCGCGCUUUUGAACAACAUCUAACCGACUACCAGAUCCACCCGACUUGGAAAUCGUCAGAGCCGAACUUAGAUGGUAUAAGGCCAGCACUAGCUGUUCCAAGAGGAUCGCUUUCACCAUCUCGAUUCUCCGAUGGCGCAUUUAAAACUUUCCAGAGGGACAAUGCACAGGCUAAGGACGAGGAAGACGUGAGGGCAUAUGUGGUCCCAACUAUUCUUGGCCCAAGGCAAAUCGAUCACCCGUCCGCCAUGAGUACACUAUUCGGGAAUCUCGACCCACUCACCGACGGCACUCUAGCACCAGCUAAACCAGACGUCUACUACGGUGCAAAUCCCGAACAGCUCAACCGACCUAUCCGCGACAAACUCAGGGGUUACAUCAUCCCGUCGACCAUGGAGGACAAGCCUAUGGCGCCAAAUUUCUUCCUGGAAGUUAAAGGCCCAGAUGGUAGCGCAGCUGUGGCAACGCGGCAAGCUCGCUAUGAUGGAGCGCUCGGAGCUCGCGCCAUACAUAGCCUGCAGAACUAUGGCAGCGAUAAGCCAGUCCUCGACGGGAAUGCCUAUACGUUCAGCUCAACCUAUCAUGAUGGGAUGCUCAAGCUGUACGCUCACCACCCUACAGCGCCGGCCACUCCCGGUGAGAGGCCCGAGUACCACAUGACUCAACUAGAAGCGUAUGCUAUGACCGGUAGCCGAAAGACUUUCGUCGAAGGAGCUACUGCGUUUAGGAAUGCUAGAGACCUGGCGGAUCGUUAUCGCCAAAAGUUCAUCGCGGCGGCAAAUGCAAAAACUAAGCGGUCUCGCGAAGAACUAGUUGAUACAACGGUGCAACAAGAUGAUGGCUCAAGCACGGAAGAGUAUGAGGACUGUGAAGAGUACCCUAUUCAAUCAUCCCAGGACAUCAAUCAGGCAUCUGCUCUUCCUCAUUAUCUGGAAGACGACCAAGACGAAAGUCAAUCGUCUGUACCAGAUGAAGUUAAAACUCCAGCGGCGAGCUUUACGACAAGCUUUACAUCGAGCUUCAAUUCAGGCAACGACACCUACCGUCAUAGAACCCAUUCCAAGCGCAUAGGGCUUCUCCGAAUCUACCGCCCUCCCAUCCGAAAAAACAUCAUCACAAGAGCAGGAGCAAGAACAGCCAGGCAGCUAGCUCGGGAAAGGGCAAGGCUAGCGGGGCGACGAAUUAGACAAGAUUUGGAAUCGAAAUGGUAUGAGGUGGGAAUAUUGGGACGAAGAUAACUAGGCUAGGAAGUACUGAAAUAGCAAGGCAUAGGUAACUUGAAUUGUAAGCAUAAUGUUAUAGUGUUUAGGAUUUAUAAUAAUGAAGAUGUUAAGUUACUAUUCCGGCUUUUUGUUACUUUUGCCGAAGGUAUAAUAAAGAUAUUUGAU